AUUUAACGCCUUGUUUGUCAUUGUUUUAUUUGUUUUAAUUAUUUUGUAAAUAAAUAAACUUAUUUAUCAGUUCAAAUAGUCUUAAAUUGCUUCAUUUAGGGUUUUAUAGGAUGUCGACUCUGUCCCUAUUAAAUUCCUUUUAUCACCUUUAUUCUGUCUCAUGUAGACUCUAUAAUAAUUCUUUCUAACGCUCGUUUUUGUACAUUACUUUCACUGUCUUGUCUUUCUUCAACCUUUUUGUUACUUUUAAACAUUUUCAACCUUUUGAUAUAUUCUUUUUUUAAACCAAAUUUCAACUAAUUUUCAAAUUAAUCAUUAAUUUUGAUAAUAUUUUCAAAUUGCUGAAUUUGAAAUAAUUUUUGUAAAAUUUGUUAGCCUUGUCCAUAAUUAAUGGAUAGAUGAAAACUGAGAAGGUUUUAAGCUUUGAAGAAUCAGUUCCCGAGAAGCUUUACAAGCGCGUUUUUAAGACAUUGUCGACGAUGGACUCUUAUGCCUCAUUUUCGACCAUUAAUUCCAAUAUUUGCUCCGACUACAACAGCUGGCUCAAGUCUUUUUAUUCGUCUAAAAUUAAUGAUUUUCUUGACUUUCAAAACACUUCGCAUAUUCUGAAUGCAAAUGGUGAGGUUUUUGAUGAAUAUGACGAUGUGUUGUUUGAGCCUUGCCUCUUGGAUUGUCACACUGAGGAAGGAUUUGUUUUAACGGCCUCUCACUUGAUUUUGCACAAGAUUAGGAGGAAGUUGGCGAAGUCGCCUGACACUACUGUAAAAAUCGGCCUUUCAGGUGGACACACUCCCAGAGGGAUUUACCGUUUUCUGGGAAGUAUGAAGGAUUUGGACCUCGACUUUAACCGUAUAAUAUUUUUUUUAGUGGACGAACGUUACGUGCCCUCAGAUGACGAAAUGUCUAAUCUUAGACUCUUGAGAAAUACUCUGCUAAAACACUGGCCGAUUCCCGAGUCUAAUUUAAUAUUCCCAGACACUUCUCUUCCCUUGGAAGAAUGUAUUAAAAAGUAUGAAGCCGAUUUAGAGGAAAUUUUUGGUGUUGUUACCACUCACCCUAAUUCCACUAAAGAGCCGUAUCCUGGAGGAAAUUUAGUAGGCAAAGGUGAGAUGGUGAGCACAGAAUUUGAAUCAUUCGACCAUUCGUAUUAUAAGCCAAAGUACUCAUCAGUGCCUGAUUUGGUGACGUUGGGAAUAGGAGAAGAUUUCCACAUAGCAGGGCUGUUCCCAGAGUAUUUAUCAACAUUAGACUCAGCUUACGUGACUGACUCUUUGCACCGAGUGAUGGCAACUUAUACUGAGACAACUGUAGUUAGGGAGCGAAUUUCAUGUUCUCUACCAUUCCUUUCAUGUGCCCGUACUAAGUUGUUCUUUUUGAAAGGUGAACGGAAGAAGAGGAUUUGGAACACAAUGCUAGAGUAUAAACAUUACGAUCCGAUCCGAUUUCCAGCCACACAGAUCUUUACGAAGCCAGGCUGCAUAGCUGUUCUGGAUUCUUCAACGAUUAGGAAAGUACGUAUUAAGGUUCCAAUUGACCAAAAUGACUUUUUAACUUUUAUUCUAUUUGGCAGCGGAGGUGAUCUUGCACGCAGGAAGAUUUAUCCAGCGCUUUUUCAUUUGUUUUAUCUAGGGUUUUUACCAAACAAGUUUCACAUUCUAGCAAUCUCGAGAUCACACUGCGACUUUGAAGAGUUCUUCUCACAAAUCUCAAACGACAUUUUCUCGUCAAUCACCACUAACAUCUUCAUGAGGAACCCCGCAGUACGGUUUGAUUUCCCAUCAGUCAUCACAGAAUUUAAAAGUCGAUGCUCAAGAAUAUGUUUGAGGUACGAUGACUCGAGUUUUUUUGAACGUUUUAAGAAGACGUUGCGUGAGAUUGAACAUAACUCAGAAACGUCUCACAGGAUGGUAUACCUAGCAACACCGUCAGAGGCUUACCAGAACAUAUUAAGAGUUGUGACGUCGUGUUGUAAGCCUGAGAAUGGCUGGUUCAGAGUCAUGUUGGAGAAGCCGUUUGGAAGAGAUUUGCAGUCAUGUGAGGAGAUUGACAGGUUUCUGAACAAGCAUGUUGCUCCCGAUGAGGCGUUUUUGGUGGACCACUACCUGGGAAAGCCGGUGGUGGGCUGUAUUUUAUCAACUAAAAUCGGGAGCAAUUAUGCGCGCAUUUUUAACCGCAGAUACAUUAAGAGCGUUCACAUACUACUGAAGGAGGAAAUCGGGUCCUUUGGAAGAGAAUACUUUGAGUCGUACGGCAUCAUAAGGGAUAUGAUACAGAAUCACGGAAUGCAGUUGUUGUCACUGAUUGCGAUGCAGUGUCCUAAUAAGAAGUAUUUACACCAAAAUAAGUACACUACCCUUAAAUGUGUUAGAACAGUGACACUCGACGAUUUAGUAAUAGGACAAUAUGGCGAGAGUGAAAAGGGCUGUAGUUACAGGGAUGAAAAAGGUGUGCCGAAGGACUCUCUAUGUGCUACAUACUGCACAGUAGUGCUUUGGAUAGAUAAUGAGUACUGGAGAGGUGUGCCAUUUGUGAUAACGUCGGGCAAGGGACUUGAUGACAAGCUUGUGGAGAUUAGACUUUCGUUAAAACGUGAUCCGCCAGUAGAUACUUGCUAUGAAUUCACCCCAACACAUCUUGUGUAUCGAAUUCAGCCCGUGCCGUCAGUGUUUUGGAGAAAAGACUGCACUGAGGUAAAGGUCCGAGAUUUCAAUGAUCCGUUCUCUUACGAUUUUGAAAAUGAGAAGAUAUUCAAUACUGAGGAGAAGAUCCUGGUUGACGUUGAGUCCUCAGCAGCUAAACGCACAAUUGAAGGCGCCUAUGAAUUGUUAUUUUUUAAUGCAUUUUCAAAUAAAAGGGAUUUAUUCCCCACUAUACAGCAGGUUAAUGAGGCGUGGAGAAUAUUCACGCCAGUUUUGCAUGAAAUCGCAGAAAAGAAAAUUGAGCCGUUUUUAUAUCCAAGAGGGUCCCAAGGUCCCAAAGAGGCCGACGAUCUUCUAUCCAUACUAUAGCAUUUGUUAAGUUUUUCGUGACAUUAAUUUUUGUCCAAAUUUAUAAUAUUUCAAAUUAAAUCGUUUUAAUAUAGUGUAAUAUACUAUAUUAUCUA